AUGAGUACGCAGCUUGAAGAAAAUCAAGAAGAUACUUUUGAUACCUGCGAAUCAGAGCCUGACACCGAUCGUGAAUUCGACAACUCGAAAUCGACAGCCGACAUCAUCAAGUGCUGGCUUUCAUCUACGCCCAUAAUCGGAAAAGAAAAGCUUCCAUUUGGCAUGUUUAGCCGCCUCGAUCCAUGGCAUAUUCCAAUGGGAGUGAAGUCUCCAGAAUCAUCACAAAUGUCGAGAUCACCACGCGCCGUGGCGGUAGGCGCGAACGAGCUGGCGCAGAGAGCAUCACAAAUACCCAGACCAUCUCCGAAGCAGCGAUCACCUCCAAUGCAGAGCACGGAGACGGGCAACGAUGCGCGGAAUAUGGGGGAAUCAGGAAAUCCAAGCCUUGACCCUAGCGAUAAUAAUACGAUUCGCAGUUCGAAAAGGCUACAAGAUGUGAAGAAGCUUCCGCUCACACCUGAGAUCCAAACGACAGAUAAGGCAUCCGCAAUCCGUACCGAAUGGGAGGCUGCAAAAAAGCGGAAUGUCGCCAAUGUCAGCAAGUGCGAACUCCGCAACACUCGAGGUUUCGCCUCCAAAGCAUGGGUGCUGCUCCCAUUCGAUGAUCCAAAUUUGAAUGAUGAAGAAUAUGUCAAUCGUGAUGAAUAUGAGCCAUGUUCAUAAUGCGUCCGCGACCACUCCGGAGCUCUCCAAUUUGCAGACGUCAUGGCGG